AUGGGCUGCUCACCAUCCAAAGGUAACAAUUUUGGGACCCUGGGUUCCAUGAGGAAGAGCAGAAUGCUGCCCCCUUCACCUCAAGAAAGCCCCAGACAGCCUCCGAGAGAAGAUGGAGACAACCUUAAUUCAACUGCAUCUACAGAUGUGGAUACGAAGGAGAGGAACACAGCUGGACAAACCCAGGUAUUUCAGAAAGAGGCACAUAUGACCCCACAAAAAAAGAGAUCUGUGACUGAGCUUGCCCCAGAAGCAGUAAACAUGGAUAAACUGGGGAGUCAAGGAAUGGACAACAACAUGGUGUCCCAGAGAAAAGAGAAAAAUUAUGACAAGCAGGAUGUAACAGAGAAAAAGACUGGCAGAAAACCAAAGAAAACCAACAGAGGUGCGAAAGUUCUUAAAAAGAAAGACAAAGACAAACCAUCUGCAGAGCACAAAGUGGACUUUCCAGAACCUCUAGUUAAAGCUCACCAAGCUGCUUAUGCCUUUUUGAAUCCUAGCAUAAACAAAUAUGACAUUCUGCUUGGACUUUUGGAACAAGCAACCCAAACUCAGGGUUCUGUGCAGCCCAUGGUUGCUUUUAUGGCUCUACGAUAUGAGGAAAUUAUUCAGGGACUGGAAGAGAUGGCAGAUGAGGGAGAAAAAGUUUUAAAAGAAAAUGGAGAACAUCUUGCUUGGCCAAGUCAAAUGAAAAACCUCUCAUCUUCUCCACCUUUGAAGUCUGGCUCUGCUAAUAUUGAGCCCCCACCAGAUUUGUUACAGCAGCUGCUUCAGUACACCACACAGAGAAUGCGAAAUGUGAGCCAGACUAUUAGUGGACUUGGGGACUCUGCUUUGGAGGAGGCAGUGGAGUACUUUGCCUCAGUCUCAGAGCUUUUAGAGGAGAAACUGAAAGUCAAACGUGCAGUAGAGACUAGGCUAAUGCAGCUCUUAACUCGUAUUGAAAUGGCCUCUCUGCGCAAGCCUGGGCCAGAGGAUUCUGCUCUGUUUAGUGAGGACAGUGGCAUUGGGGCUGAGAGUGAAUCCCUUGCUGGAUCUGAAAGACGCCAUAGACGAGAGAGUUGUGAGUCCACUGGAACAAAUAGAACUACUCCUGUCAGUCCUAUGGGAUACACCUCUAUGAACAGUAGGAAAGGAGUGUCAAGGCAAAAGCUUCAAAGCCAAAUAAGCCCAAGCGUUUCCCUCACUUCACUAAACUCAUUAGGUUCUAUAUGUACCAUAAUGGCUAAUGAUCAAAGAGAUUCAUUGUUAGGAUCGAUCUCCUUAGAUGAUGGGGAGGAAGACGACAAUGAUGAUGAGGAAAUGGAUACAGGAAUGGGAGAUGUGCAAGUAGGGCUUAGAAAGCGAUCAAAUUCCUCACCUGUAGACUGUGUACAACAACACCUACGCCGCCUGCCCCCAAAACGUAUAGAAAAUCCCCAAAAUGUAGAAAUGACUCUCAAAAUGAAAAAUGCUAUAAGUGGUAGGAUACAGUUUGUCCCAUCACAGAACCCUAGUGCCAAAACAAAGGCAGUAGGUAGCCCAAAAACCAGUAGACGGCAGUGGGCGGAUGAGGCAGAGCAAUCUCCAAGGAGGCCUCAAACAGCAGCACCUGUUCGGAAGGCAGUGGUAAAAAAGACCCCUGUUGCUAGAGAGCAACGUUCACGGUCAGCAGAAUCCCUGCGGAGCAAAGGUGAAGAUCCUACUCUGCUUGAACUUGAAAGGACUCAGAAGGAUUUAAGCCAGAGGUUGCAAAAGAUGAGUAAAAGCAAGGCAGGAGUAAACACAAGGACUGUUCCAUCUAAACAAAAUCAAGGAAGCUCACCAGCACAGUCUCCGGCAAUAAAUCGCAAAAAUCCAUCUCUAGAAAAGAACAGCAAUCCCCAACCAUUUAAAAACAAAGCAGACUUGACAAGGCACAACAAUAAAAAACAGGAGGUAACUAGUGAUGUGGAAGAAGACAAACAGAAGAACAAGAAAACAUUCAAGGGUCCUGUAAAAGCUACCCCACCCCCAAGUCCUCCUUCAUCACCACGUCCAUCCUCAGGUCUUCACAGAGGCAGGAAUUCAGUCAAAAAACUCAUUGAUACUUUCAGUCAAGGAAUAGAGGAACUUGACAGUCCUAAAGUUCUGGGGCCUCUCAAAGGAGUACGGAAGUGUGGUGUUCCUGUGUUACCCGGUUUAGGAAAUGUGGAAGCUGUGCUUAGUGCUGGGAUAACCAGCUGUAGGCCUGAAUCCAUCUCAUCCGAGAAAACUGAUGAUUUAGAUCUUGAUAGUCUUCCUCCGCCUCCACUGGAAGUAUUAAUGGACAAUUCCUUUGAAGGUGCCCAGAGUCUUUCAACUGGUGUAGCAGGUGAUGGGGCUACAAAAACUGGCAAAUCACUGUUAAAAAGGACUGUAGUAUCGCAACGACUGAGGGCCUCGGUUCAGUCAGUGACAGUGCUGCCAAGCAAAGGAGGCUUGCCACCAGCUUCCAAGGUUAUUUCCCUUGCUAGAGCAGAUCAACAAGACACAUCUGCUCCGACAAAGGUUAGCCAACCAGAUGCUAAAUUGGAGGCAGACCCAGGAAAGGAAAAGGACUCUUUGUACCAGCAAGCCAAAAAGACUAUACACCUAAGACACUCUUCAGACUGUCAGACAGAGAGAUCAUCAGCCAUUUAUGUUGAAACUAAUCCACCUGCCUGUCAAGAAGAAUCAACAGACUUUCAAGAUGGUUGCAACCUUUCAGUGCCUGAACUUAGCACUACAGUGUCUACAUUGCCUCCUUCUUCAGUAGUCACAAGCCAACCACCUGCUACCCCACCUAAGUCUAGGGGUCGAAUGUUACCAUCCACACCUUCUACAUCAAGCAGCUUACAUCGAAGACUUCCCAGUCCCCACAAUUUCAAAAGGCAAACUACUCCACCAUCUUCAGCUAGUCCCCCUGUUAACAGGAUGCUCCCCACACCAACAGCGGCUCAGAGGAGGCUCCCCAGUCCACCUGUUGCAAAGCAGAACAUCUUAAACUCAAACUCAGCCUCCUCAUACCCUUUCAAAGCACCGUCUCCACCUGCCUCGCCAAAAGUACAAAGAUGGUCAAGAGAGAACAGCAGUGAAGACUCAUCUAGUGCUCGGAUGAUCAGUAAUGCACGUUCAGUCUUCUGCCCUGCAUCGCCAUCCCUGUUUGAAGCCCAGCCAUGUUCAGUUCCAAGACCCCCUCAAGCAUGGGCCGCUACUGGUGUGUCUUUUCUCUCACGUCCUUUGGGAAAUCGCUCAAGGUUUCCAGUAUCUGUUCAAGGACCUCGGCCCUUCAUUCGACGCAGUCAUUCAGACCGAAGGCCAAGUCUAAGUCUGCCUCCAAGAUCCCCAGGCAUCUCAGUGGCUGAGACUUGUGGGAGUGAGCCAGCAAUUUAUUCACAGGGACUGGAUGAUGAACCAACCAGGGAUGAUGAAGCAUGGGGUAGCCAAUCAGACCUCAGAGCUACACCACGCUCUGCAUCACACCCAGAUCUGUGUGUUGUUGGUCAGGCCUUGCACAGAGACUAA